AUGACAUUAACCACCCCAGAAACACGCCGAUUUCCAUCGCUGUCCGAGUUCAAUGGAACAUCUCGUCCAGGCUUUCAUAACGUUGAAAGUGAUUCGGCUUCAAUCUCCUCAUCGGCUUCUGAGGAGAGCUCCAUCUCAGGAGUGUCACCGCCAGAAAGACAGAUGAUGAGCCUGCGCCUAUGUGAGGCCAGUGUAGAAUAUCAAGUCCUCAAUGAGAACACGGUACCUGAUGCCGCCAAGGAGCUGUUCUUUCUCAUGGAUGACAUCGGACGUGGUCGUGAUAUUGUACCACAUGCUUUGAAGUCGACCAUUGAGGAAAAGCUCAAGGAUCAACCAAUGUCACUAAGAAGAUGGGACUCUUCUUUCAUACCCCAAGGCCACGACGAUGAUUUGCCUGGCCGGAUCCCGUCUUUUGAAGAGGUCAAAAUCAUUUUAGCAAGGGCCGUCGAGUGUGAAAAGUUUCAGGGUGAAGAACUUAUGUGGAAUGGUGAGGUUCUUCUACGCUUGCUUCGGGGCAUAUUCGAAGACCGUCUUGGUGGACAGUGCGAUGACUUUAAUGCCAUACUUUGCACCAGAGCCCGACCGGAUCGAGAAUUCGAACCGAUGUCAUCCACAGGCAGGAUGAUUGACGUCUGCAUAUACGCCUCGCUCGACCAGAAUCAGGAACUCAGGGCGGCCAUGGCUGAGUUUUGCAUGACUGCGCCCACUGCAACUGUCAACCAUACCGACUUUGAACCUCUCCAACUUCGCCCCCUUGUACUCGGCAUCGGCACCAGGAAGCCCGGAGUGGAAUGGGACAAGGCUCAAGGGCAAAUCGGCAUCUGGCAUGCUUCCCAGUGGGCUUUCCUUAGAUGGGCCGCAGAAGAGCGUGCGGUGUUGUCGAAACUUGGCUUUAUCCCAGGCAUCAUUGUACAAGGCAAUCGAUGGCAUCUUGUCAUCUCCACGUAUAAUGAAGGGAAAACCACGCUUUGGGCGGAGUGGGUGUUUGGCACCACCAAGAGCUUGAUGGAUAUUUACUCGGUCAUUGCUGGUGUCCGCCGGCUGACUGCCUGGGCAAGGGAUACCUAUAUACCAUGUUCCUGGACACCAGCAUUUGUCUCCUCCUCUUCGCCUCCGGUCUCCGGUUUGCUCAAGCUCGCAGUCUGGGGCCUGCUGGCUAGCCCGGCAUUCAUGACAUUGUUCAGUCCUCUCCGCAACUUCGUGUGCCGCCACAACUCCCCUAUUAGCUUCGCCUUUCGCUCGUAUAUGAUCAAGAUGGUGCCCAACUUACGCACGGCCGACGCCAAAAUUCUCCAGCAGAUGUUGACUGCUGUUUCCAUCACCAGCACCGGUCUUGUCGAUGCCUGUCUCGCCCAGAUCCAGAAGCAUGACGGCUACCUCCAUGCCAUGAUCCAGACUACGCCCCUGGAUAUCCUCCAAGAGGUCGCCAAGACUCUGGACGAGGAGAGAGCUGCCGGCAAGGUCCGCGGUUCACUGCACGGAAUCCCCGUGCUCGUCAAGGAUAACAUCGCGACACACCCAAACACCGGUCUUCGAACAACGGCGGGCAGUCUCUCGCUCUGGAAUUCCAAGCCCAAGGAAAACGCCAAGCUCGUUGAUUUGCUUAUUGCAUCGGGCACUAUUAUCCUGGGCAAGGCUAAUCUCAGCGAGUUCUCCAAUUCUCGUGGUUCCAUGAUGCCGAGUGGCUGGUCUGCCAUCGGCGGCCAAGUGCAGUCUGCCUAUGUCCGUGGUGGCCUGAGGAUUGCAAAGACGGACACUCGAAUCCUUCGGGCUCGUCAUCCGGUUCCGCUGUUGGCGUCAGGAAGAGCAGCCCUGUAUACCAUCAAGCCCACCAUUGACCUCAUCCCCCAGCACGGUAUAGUGCCCAUGUCAACCAACUUUGAUUCGGCUGGGCCAAUGACCAAGACUUCCUAUGACCUUGCGGUGCUGCUUGAUGUUCUCGCCUCUAGGUCUCCGUCCGAGUCAUACACAAAAAACUUUACCGGCUCAUGGUCCGGUAUAUCGGCUGCAACUCUCGACUAUUCGAAGUGGAGAUACCCGGACAGCUUCAUAAAGCCGGUAGACGGCGCCGAAGCCCAGAUAUUGAAGGAGACUCGUGAGGCGUACGAUUUGAUCAAGACAAAAGUAGACAAAUUCGUCGACGACGUCGGCCUUGUUACAGUCGAUGCAUUUGAGUUGGAAGGCAAAAAUACUCUGGAUAUCAUCACCAUGUCCGAUAUGAAAAGAGACCUCACAGCUUACCUUCAGGACCUUGGAGAGAGCGAGAUGCGCACCAUUACUGACAUUAUCAAGUUCAACAAAGAACACGCAGAUGAGGAGUUGCCCCUGUAUCAUCCGAGACAGGACACCUUCAUCAAAUAUGAGAACCAGAACGUUUCUGCGGCAGAGUAUGACCGCCUGUUCGCCCACAUGCGCAAGGUGGCGAGGGAUUUUGGGGUGGAGCGCGUCUUUCAAACCCAUGGAGUCAACGUCAUCAUUGGCCCAGCUGAUGGCUUCAUUUCAACCAUGGCCUCGAGCGGUGGCUACCCUGUUGCCGCGAUGCCACUGUCGUCCCUCGACUUUAACGGCCGUCCCUUUGGGCUUACCGCCCUGGCCGGAAGACACCAAGAGGCUCUCCUCGUCCAGCUCAUGAGUGCCUGGGAGGCUACGUUUCCAGCUCGAAAGCCGCCGCAAGCGCUUGUUGAAGAGAGUUGA